CAAGUGCUUUUUCCGUUUGUUGUGUUCAAUUUUAUUGAUAUUCCCAGAAAAACAGAGAAUAUAACAUUAAAAACUUUGUUAGAUGUAUAUCUUCAUGAUUAUUUUUAAAAAGUGACUGAUUAAUAUUUUUUACAAUGGAUGAGUUGCGUGCUUUUUUAAAUAAUCCAUGCCCGUCUAGCUCUCAAGUGAUCAAACUUCGAGGUCCUAUGACUGGAGGCCUUAGAAUUACGAAGGAAGAUGACAUAAAUGUAAUGAAUAGAAAGGAGGAACAUCGUCGGACUAUGGUCAUGAGUGGCACCGAUUACGCUAGAGAGGUUAAAGAACGCGAAACCGAACUUUAUCUUAAGAAUGAAACAGAACGAGAAAAAUGGCAAAGCAUAUCUGGGGGGCUGGAGUCAUUGGAACAUCUCUCAACAUUUGGAACCUCUGUUCAAAAUUUAGGUGAACUUACAGAAGAAGCUAUGACUGAAGUUUAUAACAAGUAUUCCUUUCAAAUGAAGGAAGGCACUAACAACCUAGCCAUUGAUGAAUAUAAGCAGCAGAUUCUAGACAGAAUAUCUGGUUAUCCAGUAGUUAUUAUAGAAGGUCCAACUGGAUGUGGGAAGACAACACAAGUACCUCAGUGGAUUUUGGAUGAUUGUUAUCAAAAACGAAAACCUUGCAAAAUAAUGGUAACCCAGCCAAGGCGAAUUGCAGCUAUAUCUAUAGCCAAACGAGUAGCUCAGGAGCGAGGCUGGGAUGUUGGAGGUUUAGUGGGAUACCAGGUGGGACUAGAAAACAGAACAACAAAUGAUACUCGUAUACAUUAUGUUACUACCGGCGUACUGCUUCAGAAGUUAGUGGGCGCAAAAAAUAUGAAUCAAUACACACACAUUAUUCUUGACGAAGUUCAUGAGCGUGGACAAGAGAUGGAUUUCCUCCUGCUAGUAGUCAAAAAGCUACUGUAUACAGUAUCUCCAGGAGUCAAAGUGGUGCUCAUGUCAGCCACAUUUAAUAGGAAGGCUUUCACGGACUACUUUCUUAUACCUACACCUCGAGGACUGCAGAUGUCAUCAGGUGUCAAAGUUGUGAAGAAAGAACCGAUGUUUACAGUCAAGACAUUUUAUUUAAAUCAUUUAAAUAAAUUUGGUUCCAUACUUGACUUGUCAAGACCAAAAAGAGAGGAACCAGGCAUAGUCACAGAGAUGUAUCACUUGGUCAUAAAGUUGGUUAAUGCAUUUGAACAUAUUGACAAACAAGAGGACACCUAUGAAGAUCGUUCUGAAGCUGACCUACCUUCAGUUUUAAUUUUCUUACCUGGCAUAAAUGAGAUAGAAGAUCUAUACAGUUGUCUAACAGAUCUUGCAUUAAGAAAAAAAAUAGUAGACGCGCAGUGUGCUUCGUACAAGUGGUGGGUGCUGCCGCUGCACUCGACCAUCACUGCAGAUGAACAGGUUCGUGUGUUCCAACGCGCGCCGCCAGGGCACCGCAAGAUCAUCCUCUCCACCAAUAUUGCCGAGAGCUCCAUCACAGUGCCAGAUAUUAAAUACGUGGUCGACUUUUGUCUCGUGAAGAUGCUAAUGGCAGAUGAGUACACUAACUUCACAUCGCUGCAGCUGCAGUGGGCGUCCAAGACUAACUGUGACCAGCGAGCCGGCCGCGCCGGCAGGGUGCGCGAUGGUCGCGUCUACAGACUCGUCACUGAUAAGUUCUAUGAGAAUCUCCCGCAAGAUUGCCCGCCUGAAAUAGUGCGUUGCCCACUGGAGCGGCUUGUACUUCUCGCAAAGAUGUUGGACAUGGGCCCUCCCAGUGACAUCCUCGCGCUCGCUAUGGACCCGCCAGACAUCUCCAACAUACACCGCACGAUACUCGUACUUAAAGAGGUUGGAGCAUUAAAGAAAAAUCUGAAUGAUAACUGGAGUUCAUCUGAUGGCGAUAUUACAUACUUGGGUCGCAUUAUGGCCAAGUUGCCGCUGGAUGUUAGGGUUUCAAAAUUGAUUGUAUUGGGAUAUAUCUUUGGAUGUUUUGAAGAAACUGUCAUUAUGGCGGCAGCUAUGUCUGUGAAGAGUUUAUUCAGCAGUCCGUUUCGUGAGAGGUUGAAUGCCUACAAUUCUAAAUUGACAUGGGCAGACGGUUCGACUAGUGAUUGCAUUGCGUUUUUAAAUGUUUAUAAGGUUUGGAAUCAUCUGCGUCAACAAAAUUUUUUCAAACAACAAGGCAACAAUGAAGUGCAAUGGGCUCGAAGAUUUUACGUACAAGUUCGCGCGCUUAGAGAGCUCGACGACCUGGUGCGAGAGUUGCGUGUUCGAUUAUCCAGAGAAGGCAUUGAACCACUAAAGGGGAACUCGCCGUGGGACAAGCACGAAAUAUCCCUCGUUCUAAAGGUGCUAUUGGCCGGCGCGUUCUACCCACAGUACUUCAUACAGGUGUCGCAAGAUGAAGCACGGGAGCGGGAGGCUAUACGCACGCUCGGUGGACACGAUCCCAGGAAUACGGUGUACUUGAAGAAUUUUCCAGACAAUCAACCCGGCGAAGUGUACGCCUCUGCCAUCAAGAAGGCAGUGAAACAGCAAAUAGGAGAUGAACCUCGAGUUAAUUUCGACCUAAAUAGCAGGAAAGUUUACUUAACAUUCUCUGAUAAACAAGACUUAAAGGCAGCAAGCAACAGUGGUGAUCCAACAAUACCUGGACAAGUAUUACUGCCAGUUUACAAAGCAAUCAAGGCCAGACAGUUGAAAAUGGAUAUUAGGAUACCUUUAUUAUCCGUGGAGAAAGCAAAUGCAUUGUAUAGUAUGCUGCAAGAAAGUAAAAAGGAUCUUAAUAUAAACAAAAUGGCGCCUCGGUUACCUGAAGUAGAUGACACGCACUUUCCACUAAAAAUAUCCCAUAUGAACAGCGUAAGUAAGUUCUGGGCACAGUAUGAUGAUGAAUCGACGGUGUGCGAGCUACGGCAAAUACGACAGGAACUGAAUCGUGCACCGCUGCUUGCGUAUACAGGGGAUGUGGCAACUGGACAGUGGUACGCCGCGCCCUAUACCGGACCAGAAGGCACUGAGUUACACCGCGUGCGCAUACUCUCGAUGCUGCCUAGAGAUAUGAUCGAGGUUCUGUACAUAGACUACGGUAGCUACGGGCGCGUGAACAAGUGCAACCUGUACCAAUUGCCAAGCGGUGCGAGCCAAGUGUCGCCGCCGCUCGCGAUGCAAUGCGCGCUGGCGGAGAUUGCGCCCUCACCGUUACUCGAGCCGCACGCGCAAUGGACACGUGACGCCUCCGAUUGCUUCCGACAAUAUAUGAAGAAAGGACGCCUCAUUGGCAAGGUGUAUUCUGUAACACACGGCGUGGUGUCCAUCGAGCUGCUGUCCAAUGGUGGUAAAACUAGCGUCAAUCAAGAAUUGUUGAAACGUGGUUACGCUAUACCUUGUGAAGAAAGCUAUGACUCUAAACUAAAUCACGACCUACGACUGACGGCGUCAGAUCUACACAUGACACAGAAGCGAGCCUACAACAAGGAGCAGGCUGAGAUGGCAGUGUACCAACAGCGAGACUACGAUCCGCCCAGCGCGAAAGACUGUAUCUCCGAUGUAUGCCUCAAAGGACCGUAUAGUCCUCUGGAGACAACGGUACACAACCUGAUGUACGGCAGCCAGGAGAAACAAGUGCACAUUGAAUGGAACUCAAUAAAUUCCGUGCUUCUCGACACAGACCCGCAAGAGGUCUACGAAAGAUUGGUGGUUGCUGCGGUGGUAGGACAGAGUCAAUCGAGCAGUUCACUCACUCUCCGUCACACCACGCUGAUGCCCAACAUUCCUGGCCUGCCCGCCAUCAUCUCACUGCUUUUCUGUCCAGUGGCGGAGCUGCGUCGCGACGUCGGUGGCAGUCGGUACGUGAGCGUACUGUGUGGACUUGGCAGUACGGCUAACGCUGUACCAUACUUCCCGGAGCAUGACCUGCUCGUCUCCAUCGACGCGGACCUGGCUGUUGAGGAUAUCGGCCUGAUAAACCACGUGCGUCAUCUCAUGGACUACAUGAUGUACUGCGCAGAAGGGCAGGACACGCCCACCGCCGACGACGAGUUCCGACCACAAGUGCCCGCCGUCAUAAGGAAAGAUAUCAUGAACCUCCUAUUAAAACGUCGUAAGCACCGUGAACCUCAGACGGUGGAGAAUGCGUGGGAAUGGAAGUCGGUCCCUGAAGAUGAACUGCUCGAGAUAUCCGUGCCGGACAUGGUGGAGCGCGCUGAAGUGUUCCCGCUCCACACGCCGCAGGAACUGCAUCCGCUGUCCAUGGAUCAGCUACUCGCCCUCAAGCGAGACAAUGAUCAGCUCAAACUCCUCGUAAGCAGAACAUCGAUCUCGUCGAGUACGGAGCUAUCGUGCAAGCUAUGUGGAACAACGACGAUGCCCACACACGCGAUGCGUAUACAUCUCUACUCGAAUGCACACAAGGAGAAGGAAGAGGAUUUCCACAUUUUCCAGUCUUAGAUCCUAUUUUUUUUAAAUUAUCUAGUUGAUUCUAUGCCACGUGUAAAAUUACUAGUUGUUAUAAGUAAAUGUCGUAAGUUACAUUUAAAAGAGUAUUUAUUACUCUUAGUUAAGUAACUUAAAAAGCCGUUAUUUCGUAUUACUAGUAGUAUUAGUAAUAAAAUACUAAACUUGUUUUUAGAACUCCAUUAGGUUAUUAAGGUAUUGUUUCUCAUAAAACUAAAUAAAAAACGAUUUUUGACGAAUCUCUAAGUAUCGUAUAAGAUAAAUAUCGUUUGAUACAUGUUAAUUAUAAGUUAUUUUUCAAAUGUAUGUUCUAAAUAUUGUGAUAUCGUAUUUUAGUUAUUACGUUCUAAGUCGUAUUUAAAUACCUACUGUACAGUUUUGUUUUCUAUUCGGCCCCAUGUGAAUGACGCAAAUGAACCGUUCUGUGUACAAGUAGAGGAUAAUGAGUACUGUAAAAAUGAUUAUAUUUUGGUUAUGAAUAAAGAAACAACCGUACAUUUGUUUAUUAUUAACACAUCGUUGAUUAUAUUUUUACUUAAAUUGUUGUUAUCAGUUAGUUGCAAUAAAGACUGACCUUUAAUUCCUAAAAUUGAGUAUUACG